AUGUUUAAAUUAAAAGCAAGUUUGCUACCAUUAUCAUAUGGUAUUAUUGCAACAGGUUCAUUCCUUUUGACAUUGUUUUUAGCAUGUUAUCUUCAUUUUGAAAGAGUCACUAAAAACCAUUGUAAAAUGUACGAGUUUUUACCAUCUAUUUCAUCGACUAUUGGUGAUUUUUCACCAGAAAUGAAUGUAUAUAGAUAUGGUAUGGCAUUAACUAGUGGUCUUCGUUUAGGAACCAUCUAUUUGAAUCAUUACGUUGCAACUGAAGAAAAGAAUAAUCUUUUAUCAAACUACAGAAAAUCAUCAAUGGCAGUUUUGGAAGCUACAAAGAGAUUAAAUUAUUUAAUUCCAUUAUCAACUAUUUUCGAUACUAUUCGUGUUUUCUCUGCAGGUGGUUGGAUUUACAUUUCAUCAAGCGAACAUUUAUUCUCACAUCAAGUUGGUUUCGUCAGUUAUGUUAUCUUUUCAUUCCUUUACAUGUACACUCAUUGUGUUGUACUUUAUCUCACCAAAAUUAAAUUUAGACCAGGUCAAGAUAAUUCAUCACUCACCUCUAUUAUCCUCGGUAGUUAUAGUCCAAGUACUCAAAAGGAUCUUUUCUCAUUCAAAUGGAAAGUUAUUCUUGGUGUAACCCAUUUCCUUCUCUUUAUUGGUUCUCUCAAAUAUUUCGUUGAUCAUACUUUUUAUUGUGUCUACCUCUCCUACAGCAAAUAUUCAAUUUUCGAAUGGCUUUUAGCAAUCACCAACAUUUUCUACGAUACAUUAACAUUUUUAGAUUUUGAUGGAUUAUUCUUUACUCUUCAUAAAGAAAAAAAACAAUCUUUCUAA